AUGGCUGAAAUCAUGUUCGAAACGUUCACAGUACAAUCCUUAUACAUGGCUGAAAUGUGUUACGUGGCUCAAGAUUACGCUGCAGAGUUGGAGUCAUAUGCUUCAGGUGAUGGUACGAGAGGUCAAUACAACCUUUCUGAUGGUGAACAAGUAUCACUCGGUGAAGAAAGAUUCCAAUGCCCAGAAUGUAUAUUCCGGCCAUCUUUAGAAGGUUUGAAUUGUCCAGGACUGGUGGAGCUGAUUUGUUCCAGUAUACUAAAAUGCGAUGUUGACUGCAGACCUUUGCUUUAUAACAAUAUCGUGCCAUCGGGAGGUUCCAGCGUGUUUCCAGGCCUCGUAGCACGGUUGAGCAAUGAUAUGAAAAUGCGUUUACCCGGAGUAUCAGUACAAGUUGAUGAUAUGCCUUCUAGGCAGUUCGCCCAAUGGGAAGGAGCCUCAGUAUUGGCUUCGAUAGAUCACAUGGAAGGAUUCUGGAUGACGAGAAAAGACUACCAAGACCUGGGAGCAGAUGCUGUGAAUUACAAAUUCUUUUAA